AUGAAGGCUGAGAGGAAGAAGGUCCCUGAUGUGUAUCAACACGACGCCGAUCUGUACUCCAUAUCCCAUGAUGCUCUCUGUGUGUCCCCCAUCAGGCCCCGUGGAGGCAGUGGCGGCUCCGGAGGCCCCAGGAAGCAGAAGGAGCUGCCGUCGGAGCCCCCGUUCACGGCGUUCGUGGGUAACCUGCCGUUCAACACGGUGCAGGGAGACAUCGACAUCAUCUUCAAAGAGCUCAACAUCCGCAGCGUCCGAUUGGUCAGAGACAAAGACACAGACAAGUUCAAAGGUUUUUGUUAUGUCGAGUUUGAAGACUUGGAAUCUCUAAAAGAAGCGUUGACGUACGACGGCGCCCUGCUCGAGCAGAGGUCACUGAGGGUGGACAUCGCAGAGGGGCGCAAGCAAGAGCGAGGGGGCGGAGCCUUCGGCUACAGGAAAGACGACGCUAGAGGACGAGGAGGUCCUCGAGGAGGUUCCAGAGGAGGAGGAGGAGGACGGGACUCCCGCGAUGACUACGACCAGCCCGGAGGAGGUGCGGACAGAGAGUUCGGCAGCUCAGCAGGAUUUAGAGAUGAUGACUUCAUGGGAGGGCGGAGUCGAGGCGGCAGUGGCGGUGGUGGCGGUGGUGGCAGUCGCCCCGGUGACCGAAGGGGGGGAGGUGCAGGACCUGGUCGCUUCAGAGACGGACCCCCCCGCGGAGGAGCGACAGACUUCAGGGAACCGUCUGAAGAGGAGCGUGCACAGCGGCCUCGCCUGCAGCUGAAGCCUCGGACCGUCUCUGAGCCGCUCAACCAGGUCGCCAACCCGAACUCUGCCAUCUUUGGUGGAGCCAAGCCACGAGAGGAGUCCUGAUUCAUUUAAAUCAGCACCACAUACUCCUGACCAGACGGUGGCACUAACGCGUCGUGUCCCCAACAGAAAAGAAGAAAAUUUCAAGUUUUUUUUUGUUGCUGUUUUGUUGAUUUCAGUUCAUGUAGAAGCUGACUGCCACCUUUUGUAACAUUGAUUAAAAACAAACCAACAAAAACAAGUUUCUGACCAUCCAAGUCCAAAUUCUUCUCGUCCAGUGAAGUACUCUCUUCUGUCUGUAGUUCAAACUGUAAUCUGUGCAUACUGAACCUGGUCCAGGUGAAUGUUUUCAGGUGCGUCAGUGUGGAUCAGGAUCCGGAUCGGGUCUGUAGAGGAUCGGGUGAUCGGGAUUUGAAGCUUCAGUCGGUGGUUUUCGGUCGCUUUGAGAACGUUUGUGUCGCUGAUAAACAGUUUUAUUUGCUUGACUGUACUAUAGAAUAAAAUCGGCUGUUUUAACUUUUUUUUUCCUUUUUUUGUUCAUUUUUUUCCUACACUGUUUAUGGCAAUAAAACUAUCAUCAUACAUCAA